UGGGAUUUUUGGGAGGGUAAAUGAAGAACAUCUUCGUCUCCUCCACCACCACCACCACCCACUUCUCUCUCCCUUUCCUAAAUUUCCAAUCUUUACACUUUGCUUCUUCACUCCUCAAAGCCUAAGCCAGCCAAGAUGAUUGUGUAACAAAGGGAAAGAAACCCUAAAAAGAGUGAUGAUAGUUGCUUCCUACCAUCCAAAUCUUUGCUUUAAUCCAACUCUAUAUAGACGCCAAAGAAAACCCUUUUUUUUGUUCCUUGGCUCUAAAUUUGUUGACCCCAAUAAAGGGUGGGAAAAGAGCAUUAUGACGGAAGUACUCCAAUCAUCCCCAUCUCACUUCCCUUCAUUUUCAAGCUCUAAUGUAAGCACUGUGGGGAAUAUAAUAGCCCAAGGGAGUGAUCAAGAAGAAGAAGAGAAUAGGCAAGAGGGAGAGAGGAAGGAAAGGGAAAGAGAAGGGGAUCAGCUGUCUUUGUUAACGCUUUUCUUGGCUGCAUUUAGGAAGUCUUUGAUUGGGUGUAGCCUUUCUGGAAGUAAAGAGAUUUGUUCAAUGGAAAUCGGGUUGCCUACGAAUUUCAGGCAUGUUGCUCAUGUAACUUUUGAUAGGUUCCAUGGAUUCCUUGGCUUGCCGGUUGAAUUUGAGCCUGAGGUACCCAGAAGAGCCCCCAGUGCCAGCGCGAGUGUGUUUGGAGUUUCGACUGAAUCUAUGCAGCUUUCACCCGACUCUAGAGGGAAUAGUGUGCCAACGAUACUACUCCUGAUGCAAAGUCAUUUAUAUGCCCGAGGAGGCCUCCAGGCAGAAGGAAUUUUCAGAAUUAAUGCUGAGAACAGUCAGGAGGAGUAUGUUAGGGAACAACUAAAUAGGGGAGUUAUACCAGAUGGGAUAGAUGUACAUUGCUUGGCUGGUCUUAUAAAGGCUUGGUUUAGGGAACUUCCUAGUGGCGUUUUGGAUUCUCUUCCUCCCGAGGAGGUAAUGGAAGCCCAGUCAGAAGAAGAGUGUGCUCGGCUUGUAAGGCUCCUUCCUCCAACCGAAGCUGCUCUACUGGAUUGGGCAAUAAAUUUAAUGGCUGAUGUUGUGCAAGUGGAACAUUUGAACAAGAUGAAUGCACGUAAUGUCGCGAUGGUGUUUGCUCCGAACAUGACUCAAAUGUCAGAUCCUUUAACUGCAUUGAUGCAUGCAGUCCAGGUGAUGAAUCUUCUGAAGACACUUAUUAUUAGAACACUUAAAGAAAGAGAAGAUUCCAUGAUAGACUCUAAUCCCGAUUCUCGCUCAGAGCCGUCUGAUAAGAAUGGACAGCAGAGCUUUUCGCAAUUACUCGAAGAUGCCAAUGAGGAGGUGAAAAACGAAAGUGAAGGAGAGAAAGCUUUUGUUGCUGAAGAACCUUCGGUAGAGAGCCCCCCUCACUCUGCUAAAGAGAAUUUGACCACCGAAAGUAGCUCUCAAGGUUUCCUGACUACAAUCGAUAACACUUGUGGUGGAAACCGAUCUACACUCGAUAAGUGCUCUUGCACGUUAGUGUCUCAAGUGAAUUCUUUAGCGAAUGGACUCGAAAAAGGCGGUAUCGGAAAGAACAGAGUUGAUCAAUCAAGUGCUUCGAGUCGAAAGAAGGGAACGAAAAAGGGAAAUGAAGAAUCAAUGGAGAAUGCAGGAGGAGGUGCUAGGAAGAAUAAAGGAACAAGGAUUGCUGGGCUGAUAAAUAUGAGAGCCGAGCUUUUCGAAGCUUGGAGAUGAAUGAAUGCUAACAUUGUGUAGCCAUGGGUGGCAAAAUGCCAACUGCUAGUAACUUGUGUUCUGGUUUCUUUUUGUUCUUUCUCUUGGAAAUAUUGUGUAUGAAUUUAUGCCUGAUUUUGAGUGCAGUUUUUUUUCCCUUC